AUGGAUCCAGCGCUGAAGUCAUAUCUCGACAAGAUGAGCGAAGAGGCCGCCACUCGCGCCCGCAAACAAGCAGAAGACAACAACGCCAUCCUGCAGGCGCUGGCAACCCAGACGGCGCGGAUCGACUCUCUGGUCAACUGGAAGCCGGAGCUGGAGGCGCGCUUCGCCCAGUUGGAGCAGUCGGUCGCGGCGCUUCAGGCCGCGUCACCUCCGCCGUCCUCAUCAACCGGAUCGACGCUACUGGCGACCCCUUCGCCGGUCACGCGCGAGAUCCACGGGCAACCCUGCCACGGCGCGCCACUGCACCCCGGGGGAUCUCCGACGGUGACCCCCGAGUCACCGGCGGCUUCCCCGGUCACGGGUACGGCCCUAAUCCCGUCGCAAACCUCAUCUCCCUUAUCGUCUCAAGUACCUGCAUCUAUGGGGCAAUCACCACCACCGAUGGCAUUCCCUGUGUUUGCCGGUGAAAAUCCCCAACUAUGGAAGACACUUGCUGAACAAUACUUUCAGAUGUUCAGUGUUCGUGACUCUUACUGGGUGCCCAUGGCAAGUUUGAACUUCUCUGGCCCUGCUGCAAUUUGGUUGCAGUCAAUGCAACGCAAAAUCGCUGGGCUGAAUUGGGAGUCAUUUACUGCUCUGUUGUGCACUCGUUUCGGUCGGGACAAGCAUCAGCUCUUGAUCCGACAGUUCUAUGCUAUUCGUCAGACUAAUUCGGUUGCUGAUUUCAUUGAGAAAUUUGAGACGUUGAUGAAUCACAUGAUUUCCUACUCUGAACUAACUCAUCCAUAUUUCUUCCUUACACGAUUCAUUGAGGGGCUGCGACCGGAUAUUCGCGCGGUGGUGCUAAUUCAGCGACCACCGGACUUGGAUACAGCCUGUUCGCUGGCCUUGCUUCAGGAGGAAGUGGCCGACGGCGAAGCAUUGCUGUACCAGCACAAGGGCAAAUCGACCCCAAGCGUGCUGCGAGCAUCGACAUCCAGCGCACCGUCCACACCCUCCUUCUUCAGCCGCCCUCCGACACCGACACCUAUGGCUGAAGAUCGCCGCGACACGGAUGCCGCGCGUGCUAGUGCAGAUGCAAGCAAAAUCAGUGCACUCCGAGCGUUCCGACGUGCUCGUGGUCUCUGCUACAAAUGUGGUGAGAGGUGGGGCAAAGAUCAUACAUGCCCUCCUACUGUCCAGAUGCAUGUAGUAGAGGAACUGCUGGCUCUAUUUACGGUAGAAGAGGAACUCGGAGAUCACCAACAGAAUCCUACUGAAUAUGAAGAAGACAACCUCUGUACUAUAUCCAAGCAAGCUGUCGAUGGAUCCCCAGGCCCCGGCGUCUUGCAGCUGCAUGCCUGGAUACAGGGCAGAGAAGUAUCUCUGCUGGUGGACUCCGGUAGCUCGGCCUCGUUCGUGGAUCACCACAUCGCUGCCAAGUUAUUGGGGGUCUGCAAAAUGGCCAAGACCUGCAGGGUUAAGGUUGCGGAUGGAGCACUCUUGCAUUGUGACAGUUUCAUCCCUCAUUGCUCAUGGACAUCGCAGGGCCAUCAGUUUGUUACAGACUUCAAAUUGAUUUCACUGGGAGUGUAUGACGCUAUUCUGGGAAUGGAUUGGCUCCGCAAACACAGCCCCAUGCAUAUAGACUGGGAGGCACAACACAUGACAGUCACCACUCCUCGUGGUUCAGUUGAUCUGCAAGCAGUGUCCAACAAUCAUUAG